UUUUGCUACUGUAACCGCACAGCCGGGACGAGGCGCAGAUCCAGCUACGCCGGUCGCAGCGGGGCAAGAGCGUCCGGCUGUUCAUAAUCUCGUGGAUUUGGAUGCCGAUGGCGAAGAGGACACACCCAGCUCCGUCCUGGAGUACCGGGGGCUGACCCCUCCGGCGUCAUUGUCCAGGUCUACACGUCGGCUAGCGGAUGGUGAUGGUGAACGACCUGCGGGGACAAACAAGAAGACUGCAGUCGUAGACAAUGCAGAAGCAGAUUACGCCGGUCGACGUUCCAGCACAAUUAUUUCACAGCCACACGAGGACACCGCGACGAAUCAGGUGGAAGCGCGGAAAACGAAGGCUCACAGAAGUACUUCUAGACUAGGUCAGGCUACCGCCGACUCCGCCUCGGCCCAACCGUCUACUUCUAGCGUGAUUGUCAAAGCUUCUUCAUUUUCGAGUGGGAAAACAAGUUACAACAACGACGAGAAAAAUACUGAGGCUGUGGCUGCAAGAAUAACACCGAGCUCUUCUUCGCGGGAACACCAUGUUGAAGUAAAAAAGCGAACAUCAGAGGCGGGUCGGGAAGAUGGGAAUAAACCGUCGCGCAAUGUUGGCGGCCAACCCGAUGUUCAUGGUUUUGAUAUUCCCUUCGGUGAUGUUGAUGGGCUGAGCUUUAGCAGCACCAGCAGCUCUAGUGUGGCGCAGUUCCAGCUACCUACUUCUACUUCUGACGUCGACAACGCCGAUAACAUCCUGGCUGACACGCAUUUCAAGCUCCUCGGCUACGAUGACACCCCGGACGCAAAGUACACGCGGUUUCUGCACGCGGCGGGAAUGUUCCGGCCGCCGAAAUCCGAGGCGAACCGGGAAACCGAGCACUACCUGGACACGGUGAUGCAGUUCGAGGCGGACAGAAUCGCAAAGGAGAAAGGUCGUGUGUCAGCACUUGGAGGUGAAAUAAAUGCGGCACCACCAGGGGAAACAAAGACGGAAUAUGAGAAUGGAAACGACCAUUCGACGCCAGGUGGUUCUUCUGUCCAUCAUCCCGGCGCGUUCCUCGAGCUGUGGGAAGGGAGUAACGAGAAUGGUGAUAGUACCACGGAGAGUGGUACUACCCCACGGUUCACGCGUGGAAAAAAGAAGACCAGGAAUGGGACGAGUAGUAGACAGGGAUGGGACGACGUCGACGAGGGAAGUAGUAGACAGGGAAAUAAAAAUGGAGCGCAUGGUUAUCAUGUUGAGACUGAGAGCAAAACAACAAUAAAACAUGCAGACCACGACCGGUUGGAUUUCAAUUCUUGCGACCAGCCGUUCGACUGCGAGAAGCACUCCAUUACGGCCAACCUCCAGGCGGAAGAUGCCUUGCCGGAGCUGCUGUUGCAUCGAGAGCACAUUGGGUGCGCGGUGCCGCGGCAGAUGUCGAUGCUGGAACUGGUGGAUUUGAAGGCUGCCACCGUACACGAAGCGCGCAUGGAAGAUUUGCGAGCAAAUCUUCCAAUGGAGCGGGAUAGUGGCGGUGGUGGUGAAGAUGAUAUUGGACAGCGAUCGUCCCCGGGCGAGGCGGGCACGGAUGCAGGCGGCGGACUCGAGAGCAAGCGCAAGUUAGAAGAGGAAGAAGCGGCUUCGUUUCUGGAGGCGAACGACAUUGCAGAGACAACUUGGCCCGCUGGGCGAGAGAGUACUAGAAGUACAGAAGGAGACGCAGAUGUCGACGAUGCGGAUGACAAAAUGAUCUCCUUCGCCCCGCCCCGCGAGUGGUCUCAGCACAAGCCGCGCACGUCGGGGGCGGAGGACGAGGCGGGGUUCGCGAUAUCACAACCCGGAAGCAGCUUCCUGGACCUCUCCGCAUCUUCAAACGACCUCGAAGAUGCGAGAAAGCAACUGCAGGAAGAACAAGUGAACGAAGAUUAUGGUCGUGGCCAACAACUUCUCGCCUUGGUCCCCUCGCCCGCCACAACCUCCUUCCUGCAAAGGCUUUCGAGGAAACCGGUGUACAAAGCGUCGCAGCUCAACUACUUCACGUUUUGCAAGGGAUCGAAGGAGGGCGAAAGCCGGUACGGGCGGUCCUUAAACGCCCCCGAGGAGUUGUAUCUGGACACGGUAAAAUUCCUUUACCGCCACGGCAGAAACCGGGAGCAGAUCGCGGUCGUGUCCCCCGUCGCGGCGGAUAGCAUGCUGCGCAAGCGGUGGGAAGACGCGAAGCAGGCCCACAGCGCGAACGGUCCGGAGAUCCGGAUCUUGCAGCAGUCGCUGGAGCACAUGGGCUGGCAGAUGCCGAGCGAGCUGGAAACGUUCGGGCACAGCUACUGCCACGACGUCGCCCGCUGCACCGCGGACCAGAUCGACGAUUGCGAGCACCGGAUCUGGCUCGAAAUCGUCGACGCGUUCGUCGGCGCCGUGUUCGUGGAGCCCAGUCACACCAGUCGGAAGGUGUGCAACAACUUGUCCGAGGGGGAUGUGAUGCAGCGACUGCUGGAUGAGGCGAAAAAUCUGAAAACGGGCAGCUCGCUGGGGGAAAGCGGCAGCCCGGCGUGCAAAAGGGUGUGCGGCAUCAGGGGCGGGGAGGAGGGGGAUAGCGGGUCCUCCGAACCUCCUAGUAAACAGGACGGCGAUGAGGAGAACGAAAAGGAAGACUCCGGCGGCGGAAAAGAGGACGAAAAAGCAUCCAAGGAAUCCACUUCGAAGGUUGAAGACGAGGGGAAAAAUAAGGAAGAGGAAAAAUCCGAGGAGCAUAAGGAAGACGAGCAGAAAGACGGAGCGGGAAGUGAAGCACAGGACCAGAAAGACGAGGAAUCUGGUACUGGCGGGGGGGACGACUAUCAAAUGCAAAAAUGUCUGGGUCUGGAAGAGUUCACGUUUGUCAUGCUUGUCUGGCAUAACUCUUAAAUCUGUCAUGCACGUUACCCAAGAGUUCCGUUUUUCUGUGAUGCAGAAGCGCAGUUUGUCAUGCAGAAUAGGCAACACCUAGGAGCUCAGAAACUUGUCAUGCUGAGCCAGCAUUUGUAGCCUCAUCAUGAGACGCCACCCAGCAUCACAAGUUUCCAGACCCAGACAUUUUUACAGUUGAUAACGACGCCGGUAGUACAACUUCUAGCGGCCACGAGGAAGAGGAAUCCGCGGACGGGUCGAAAGGGGAGGAGGGCGGCGAGAAGGAAGGCGAAGAGGGCAGCAGCAGUUUUUCUUCCUUUCUGCAGGUCGGGGAGCACGAGCUGCUACGGAACAGGAAGGGUGAGGAUGGAGAUAGUAAACCUUCUGAAGAUGAUGAACAAGGAGCUAGUAGCGAAAAGAAAGACAAGGACGACAACAUCGUGACGGCCGCAGCGAAAGCCGUGGUCGACCCGAUCGUGCGAUUGAUUUCCGACGACCGCGACGACAAAAAAUCUUCUUCGGAGAAAAAAGACAAGGAAGGAGGUAAUGACCCGACCAGCGGCGACAGUACGGAGACAGGGGUUAAAACCACGACGGAGCAAGGUAUCCAGUGCAAAUAUGUCUGGGUCUGGAAAAGUGCAACAUUUGCCCUGCGCAUUUUGCAUGUGACCCAUGAAGAUGUCGGUGAUGCAUUUUUUUGCUCAGCAUCACAGGGUAGAUUUUCUGCGGGCGCCUUGAUGCUUAUCUUCCCGCCUAAGAAAUGUUCACUCCGCGUGCCAAAAACUGGAGCUGGACUCCUCUAGCUGCUCGCGUAAUUAUACAGAUUUCAUUUUGAUGAAUCCAAAGGCAGCGUCACAAGUUGCACUCUUCCAGGAGACCCAAACGUAAUAUUUGCAAUGGACACAAGGAUCUGAGCAACCCAACGCAGCAGUCGCCGUGGACCCGGCGCUGCGCCGUCCGCUCGUGCCCAUCACCUCCGCCGCGCUCGACGGCUUCCAUUUUGAGGACGACUCCCCCGGCAUUGACUUCGACAAUUGGAAAAAGGUCCCCGUCGCCUUGGACGGGGAAUUGGAAGCGUGCCGGCGGCUCGGGGCGUACUUAGAUUUGGAACUGGAUCCCACCUCGCACACGGACUGGGAGCGCGAAGCGAAAACCCAGGAAUUUUCCUUCUUUCACGACGCCGAGCAGAAAGUCCGGGAGGCGAAAAAACAGGCGAUCCUGCAGUACCCCGCCUAUACCAACGUGGAGGAGGAAAAUCAAAAUGCUAAAUCCGAAGACGCAGCAACGAACACCGUCGUCGACGUGUUUAAAGUGAUCGAAGAAACCUACUACCAACGCUUUCGCCUGUACAACCACUGGCAACUGAUGGGGGAGUGCGAAAAAGCGAACGCGUUGACGCCCCGGUUUCUCCCCCAGCUCUCGCUCGACCAGAUCGACCGGCUGCUGCGGCCCGACGCGGCGGUGGUGGUGAACAGCGAGCUGGAUUGGGAGGAGCUGGAGCAGGCGCAGAAGAAAUCGGGGUCGGAUUACGACGGCUUUUGGGGCGAGGCCCGGCACAGCUUCCCCACGGAGUGCACCGCCUGGAAUUUCUACGCCCGGAUCGCGACGUUGCGGGAGAUGAAAACCCACUUUUUACAGAUGAUCACGGUCUACGGGUCGGAAUUAGUGCAAACGUUGAUAGAAAAGUCGACGAUGCAGUUGUUAUCUUCUCUCUCCGACACGGGCGCGGAGGAGCCGUUCAUCAAGAAACUGCUCGCGUACGGCAAGAAAAAAGACCGGGACCGGUUUUUCUUCUACUACCUGGAGCACCCCAUGGAGCUGUGGAGCGGGUCCGUCUGGCAGCACUUUACCAACACAAACUCGCAAAUCGAGCAGAACUUGAUGAGCAUGACGAUGGACUACUGCGAGAAGUUCAUGGUGCCCCCGAAAACCUACUGCGUGGAUUUUUACAACCUACCGGAUAAGGUAUUCAUUCUACUUUGGGAUGAAAUUUUGAUAGUCAGUGGUGCUAUGUCAACUUCUCAUUCACUUGUCUUUUUCGUGCAAGAACAGAAGUACUGAAAGUAGAUUUCUUUUCAUCUUCACGGCACAACAGCAUGCAGAAACUACGAAAAAAAUCAAGGUCUGCCCCCUGAACACGUGCACGCGGCGGUAUCUUCUCCUCCUGGCCGCGACCUCCAAAGCGUACGAGGCGAUCUUUGAGAAGGAGUUUUACCAAGGCGACCACCGGGACCCGGAGCUGGCGAAAAUUUCGCAGCCGGUCUCGACCAACCUCGUGUCCCGGCUGUAUGGCGUUCUCAACUGGUACAUUCUCAACUGUUACGUGAAUUUGUCAUGCAAAACUGCCAUCAGCCUCCACUUGAUCAAGGUGCUUAGCAUGACAAAUUGUCGAAAGGCUAAACAGCAUGAUAAUCUGUGGCAAAUCUGUAAUGCGAAAGCUGCAAUGUUGCCACUUUCGCUUUUGCUGUUCUUGCAUAACAAGUCCAUGCAACAGUUGAGAAUGUAACGUUUGAGAACGCCAUAGGCUGUACGGCGUGCCCGACAACCGGUACACCAAACAGUCCGCGGAGAUAUCAAAUGUAAAAAUGUCUGGGUCUGGAAACUUGUGAUGCUGGGUGGCGUCUCAUGAUGAGGCCACAAGUGCUGGCUCAGCAUGACAAGUUUCUGAGCUUCUAGGUGUUGCCUAUUCUGCAUGACAAACUGCGUUUCUGAAUCACAGAAAAGUGGGGCUCUUGGGUAACGUGCGUGACAGAUUUAAGAGUCAUGCCAGACAAGCAUGACAAACAUGCACUCUUCCAGACCCAGACAUUUUUGCAUUUGAUAGGAGAUCCACACCUACCACCCGCUCUCCGACACGACAAGCGGCGGCGAGCUCGGCUCCGACUACGACGGGCGGGACGGGAAGCGGUGGAAGGACGCGGGGCUGAAGUUUCGGCACAAGCACCUCUCCGACGAGGGGGAGCCGAUCGCGGACGCAUUGCAGAACCUGUUCAUGCAGGCCAGUCAGAAGAUUCAGGACCGGAUUCGGCGGCUGGACUCGGAUUACCUAUCAAAUGCAAAAAUGUCUGGGUCAGGGAGAUAAUUGCGAGAUUUGUCAUGCUAGUCUGGGGCAUGACUCUGAACUCUGUAUUGCGUGGCCGCGAAGAGCUCCUCGCGGCUGUGAUGCAAAAACGCAGUUUCUCAUGCGGAGUACGCAACUCCGAAGCAGCGAAAAACUUGUCAUGCUUGGCAGCGUAUUACAGUGUGCUUGCUAUUCCCUUCCUUGCGUCACAGGUAGUUUCCAGACCCAGACAUAUUUGCAAUGCAUAUUGCCAGGACGCGAGCGAUAACAGCUGCGAGCAGCGGGAGUUGGACGAGUGGAUCAAGUCCGACGCGGCGCAGGCGACCGCGGUGGAAAACCGGGUCCGGAACGUUCUGGAAAAGGAGGCACCGCAGCUGCAGAAGGAGUACCUGCAGGCGAAGCACGACGCCGGCUUUAAGUUGGGGGACGCGAUGAAAGACCGGGCGAAGCUGUAUGAGCGGAAACGGGAGGAACUGGAACAGAUCCAAAAGGAGUUCGAAACGGCGGAAAAACUGCAGAAGCAGGCGGAUCCGGAGAAUUUUUUGAUCCGGGAAAAGGUGCAGUCCACGGUGAACGAGCUGCGGGAGACGCUGCGACGGAUGCAAACCGACAUUGAAUUGCGGGAGUCCGAGGUGACCAGCAUCGAGGAAGAGAAAAAAACGAUGCUGGAGGCGUUGGAAUCGGAGUUGAAAAAUCUCCUGACCGCAAACCAGGACCAAGCGGAGCGGCUGAAGAAAAUCGACAUUGUGAAAAACGCCGCGCGGUGUUUCCCCAAGGGGGCGAACUCCCGGUGGAGGACGGACGACUCCAAGAAGGUGCAAGAGAGCAAGGCGGGCGGUAGUUUUCAAGCGAAGCAGAAAGUGGUGUACGACCCGCAGAUGGAGAAUUCGGAGGAGGCAAAGCGGCUGCAGGAGAAGACGGAGGCUUCAGAGAGUUCGUCCGGGGUGAGGAAAUACCUGAUGCGGGGGGUUUUGCAGGAACAGGUGGACUAUGCAUUGCAAAAGCAUCGUACUAGUAUAAAUCGCAAUACAAAUUUUCUCAGAAGGAAAAAUGAAGUUUGUAAUGCUGAUUUGGCUAAGAAACAAGAUUUUGUCAUGCAUGAUUGCAAUUAGUACGAGUACGAUACUUUUGCACAGGAUAUGGACGGGCGGGACGGCCUGUGGCGGCUGAAACUCGACAGCGAGCUGAUCACGCGGGUGGUGUCGGAAAAAGCGCUGGAAAGGCUGUUUCACAAGGGGUAUGUGGUGAAGUUAGCGAACCACGCACAGUGCGGGGGCCGGCUCUACACCUUGGUCAGCGACGCGGGGGACGCGUCGUGGGAUGUGGCGGAGUUCGAUCCGAAGAGCGCGACUUUUCCGGGGGUGGAGAGCGGUGGUGGGGGUGACGAGGGGACGAGUGCAGCGAGCGGUGAAGAAGGUGAACAAGAUUUUUCGGAGAAGCAAACAACUUCUUCUACAGCUGCUGGAGAGACGAGUGCGGAAGUACAGGAGGAAGGAGCAAGAGAAGAAUCACAGCCAGCAGCGCCCUCUUCGUUCGCGCAGACGGGUGAAAAAACGUAUGUAGCAGGACCUCCCGCUGCCGCGCGAAGGAUCAGUAGUUCAGUUUCAGCAUCCGCGAAGAACAUGGCUAGUACAACUACUUUCAACAUCCCGCCAGCAGAAACUUCCACCAGCCACCGACCCCCCACCGGCGGCCAACAGCGCCGGAAGCAGGGCAACCUCCGCGGCAGUGGGUACUACGUCGCGGUUGACAGUGCAAUCGCUGCGGAAACCGAAAAAUCUUUGGCGGCCUUCGUGGAAAAUAAAGAACAAACUUUUCUCGAGAAAGUCGCGGGAGCGGUGGUUUCCAAGAUUUCGAGUUUCACCGGCUUCGUGAAGAAAACAGUUUUCGGACGGGACGGUGAUAAUUCAUCAUCGUCUCGCCGCAUGGAAACAAAAACUCCUGAACUUCGCCCCAGCGCCGCCUUGGAGCAGAAGGUGAAGAAGAGGAAGAAAACCAAGAGCAACGCGCUGAACCAGGACGGAAUCGCGCCCGGAACGGGCGACCAGGCGUCAGUGGAGCUGCCGCAACUCUCACCAAACUCCGUCUCGGGCAUGAUCUCCGAGGAGCAGCAGGCGUGCGCGUUUUUGAACAAAAUCCCGGAGCGGGAUUUGCAACUCAUCACGUCCGCACUGUCCACUCCGAAGGAAAAGAACCCGUCCCGCGUGAAGCUCCUGACCGAGAUCGCGGAAAAGAAGGAACGGGAGUCCACUGAGGGCUUGGAAAUCGUGGCGCAAAAGGUGAUACCAAAAGUGCAAAUCUGUCUGGCUCUAGGUCGAUAUGGACUGAACCAAAUUUGUGAAGAUGUUGCUCCCUGUAGUAGAAGAGCAGCAAAAGGUUUUUGCUAGACGGAGGGGACCUAGCUGAUGCAGAAUAAGUGUCAGCAAUCCUGCACGUCGAAAGCCGCGAUGGUAUACUCGGGCAUGCAUCACAGACAUCGUGGGGGAUAGAUACGAAAUUUGCAUGACUACGUCUAGAUUGGUACCAUUACGACUUCCGUCCCAGACAAGAAAUUUGCAUAGGAUAGGGGAAGGCCGCGGCUGAUAUACUCCCCGCAACUUUGUUCAAGGAGAACGAGAAGAUCAAGAAACUCGAAGAAAUCGACGCAGCCAUGACGAGUUUCAAGGAAAAGGAAGAGAUUUUGAAACAGGCCCAGGAAGAGAUCAACAACGUGCUGCAAGACCCCAACGUGGCGCUGUCCGACACGGAGCAGAAAACGUUUGAAGAUUUGCGGGAAAACUUGGAAACGGCCGCAACCGCGGUUUCCGACGCGGACAAUGCGGUGGAGGUCGCAAAGCAGGCAGCCGUGGAGGCCGGGGUAGAAGAAGGGGAGGAGAAGAAUCCAGAAGAUUCAAAUCCCGCGUCCCUGGAAGGGAAGUUCAACGACGCGAACGCGAAGGACGACAAGGCACGCAAGGAGGAGAAAGAAAACCAAGAAUCGUCGUGGUCCGAUAAUGGGGUAGUCUUGAUCAUCGUUUUUGUGGUUCUCGUAUCAAAUGUAAACAUGUCUGGGUCUGGAAGAUUGCUACAUUUGUCAUGCAUGUCUGACAUGGCUCAAGAAUCUGUGACGCAUGGGCACAAAGCUGUCCUCUUACCUGUCAUGCAAAAACGCAGUUUGCCAUGCGGAACACGCAACACAUAGGAGCCCAAAAAUUUGUCAUGCUUGGCUCUGUAUUGCAGUGGAACUCCCAUUCACUUUUAGCAUUACAAAUUUCCAGACCCUGGCAUUUUUACAUUUGAUAUCUCGUCGCGUUGCUUCUCGCCGUCGCGGGGUACUACCACAAACUCGUCUUUUCCAACAACCGCGCGAACAGCGUUAUGAGGGUGCAUAAAGAACUGUUCUUUAUUUCUCCCUGCCUCAUUUGAUGUGCUGCAAUGAUAAAAGACGAAAGUUCUAUCUUUCCAAGCGGCCUUGGGCUUAAAAGUACGUUUUGCAUGUUGAUGAAAAGUGAUGCUACAAGCUUGAAUAUGAGUACUCAAAAAUGAUCUCUGUGCGGAUAGUGCAUGUAAAAAUGCGCACAAAACAAACUAGAUGAUUUUUGGCACUGUUUCUGUCGCCGCGCCUGCGUAGUUUCAAAUGAAGCAGGGAAUCGAUCCGGUCCGGUGCUACAUCAUUCUCAUAACAGUUCUCGGCGUUGCGUUGGUCCCGCGGUCCGCAACAAGCAGCGACACGAAGAUCGAUUUGCAGGCCACGGCCGAGGCCGGGCUGACGGUUGGUGCCCGUGUGGUGCACGUGGAGCAUUCUGCGUCGGACGAGGCCCAGUUUGGCCGCAUCGGCAUGCUGCAGGGGUGCAACGCCGAGGGCUUUUCCAUCGUCGCGUUUGGCGAUUUGGGGAGUGGUAGUUCCGCCACUGUAGGAGCAGGCGCUUCUGCUGCUGUGCAACUAGAAGCCUUGCCGCAGCAAGAAGUGUACAAGCUCGACGACUUCACCGUGGGGCAAAAGGUGAUCUACAAAAACCCCGGGUUUAGUGGCGGAACAAGAGGAAAUAAUUCAAAUUCAGCCCGCGGUUCAUCUAGCGGUGCGGAAUACUUGCUCGGCCGCAUCUCCGGGUUCGCCAGUACUUCCGCUGCCGCAAACUUCCAGUGGAAGAUCCGGAAGGAGGCGAGCGGGGAAGAGCUGGAGGUCGCUGCCACGGAGCUGAACUUCCAGGAAGCGGGCGCGGUGCGGAACGCGAAGUGCGAACUCCUCGGCAGUAGCGAGCAAGUCAGGCUGGUCAAGCACCAAGACCCGAUUCUCCUCGUAGAGAAAUUGGACGAAGCCAAAGACGUCUUCACCGACAGCCUGCGGUUGUCCUCGGCCCCCGGCUCCGCCUCCACGGUGGCCAUUGUCGCGACGGAUCUGCGGCCCUUGGUGCUGCCCGGGAAGAUCGAGUACAAGCCGGGCGACGCCGUGAAAACGGCCAAGGGCGAGGGGAUCCUGCUCUCUUUCACGUUCCCCUACGGCCCCUGGAAACUCCGGCUGGGCCAAACCGGGCAGGCGGUGGACGUGGACCUCGCGGACCUGAGCCCGGGCGGCGACGCCGAAGACGUCGAGCGCGAUUUAGAGAUGCAGGAAGCGGAAAAGAUGCGCGACAUCCAGGUGGACGCGAAUGCGAACCAGGCAGACAUUUUGGCGGAGUAUCCUUUGUAAAAACGUCCCGACCCCAUAGUCAAGCUGGGAAAUCUGCUAGACAAAUCAACGAGCUUUGGCGAUUGCGCAUGACAGGUUUGGCCUCAGAGUGUGAUCCUAUGUAGUUCGUUCAGCAGCAUCACAGAUCUAGCGCAUUAUGCUGAUUGGAGCAUUACAAAUUGCAAAACGCGCCCAGGAAAUGGCUCGCAUGGGGCUCCGCAUGACAAACAUUUGGAGCAUGCAGAUUUGCUUGACAGCUAUGGGCCCGGGACGUUUUUGCAUCGGAUACGGAGCGGGAGCGGUUCCAGACGGUGUUGGACCAUUUGCGGGAGUUGGAGAGCGGGUCGGACCCGCACUUGGACCGGGCGAUGAUCGCGACCGAGAUCGCACGGGUGAAGAAACAGCUCGUAUCAAAUGCAAAAAUGUCUGGGUCUGGAAACUUGUGAUGCAGGUCAGCGAACAAUAUGCACACUGCAAUGCACUGCGAAGCAUGACAAGUUUUUCAGUGGUUCUGCGUUGCGUAUUCCGCAUUAGAAACUGCGUUUUCGUAUGACAGGCAAGAGGUGCUCUUUGCGGCCACGCAAUACAGAGCUCAGAGCCAUGCCAGACUAGCAUGACAAACCCCGAAAUCAUCCAGACCCAGACAUUUUUGCAUUUGAUAGCUCGCGACCCUGGACAACUGGAUCGAGAGCUCGUCCGAGGGCGGCACCAGUCCGGGAGGCGUCGUGUCGAAUCCCAGCGUGCAGAUGGGAAUCGCGAGCGAACGGGGGUAG